GAGCCAGAAAUAAGCAAAUAUAUGGCUAUAUCAACAGACCAUUGCUCCUCCUACAUCCGUACUUGGGAGUGUGACGCAAGUCGAAUCUACUCCCCCUUUCCUUUGGAUUUCACGGGUAACGCUCCCUCAGCCUCCGUCUUGGGAAAUUCGCAGACAGGGUUAGGGUCACUCCCUUGUCCUUCGCUUGCGCACCACCCCGGGCAGCAAGUCCGAAACAUUCUUCCUCAUCGCCCAACAUCGCGUCUGUACGCGUCACUCUUUCCUCUGACGGCAAACGGGGCGAAGACUUUCUGCAACUUGACCCGGCUACUAUACUACCCAAGAUGGGUCACCACAAUAUUCAGUUUGCAGGCGACGCGUCCUCGAAUAAUGGCGCUUGGAGUCCCCCGACGAGUAGGGCGAACUUUUGCGAAGAAGACUAUGUCAUCUCCUAUUAUCUCGCCGAAUUUAUCAAUGCAUUAACCAACAUCGCCUAUGUCUACCUCGCCCUCGUGGCCAUGUACCCACCAGGAGGCGGCCGCAGCCUCUUCCGCCCCAAGUACGACUUCAUGUCCAUCACCCUCUUCAUCCUCGGCAUCGGCUCCUUUCUCUUCCACGCCACCCUGCGCCAGACCCUCGAGUUCGUCGACGAGUUCUCCAUGCUGGGCCUGACCUGGUCGAUGCUGCAGGCGUCCCUCACCGCGCGCCAGUCGCCCAGGAAAGCCCGUUUUGUAACCAUCGGCCUGGCCGCCGUCUAUCUGUCGUUUUCGGCCUUUUAUCUACAGUCGGCCAAGAUUAUCUACCAGGUUUUUGCUUUUGUUACCGCGCUUUUUGGCGUCUUGUUUAGGAGUCAGUACAUGUUUCAUUUCCUCCAACCGGCGUUCCCGGAUGCGAAGCGGCGGGACUGGAACUGGCGGACUUGGAAAGCGCUUGGGAUAUGUGUUUUUGGGUAUGUGCUGUGGAGUAUCGAUCUCGAGUACUGCGCCGAGCUGAGGAACAUCCGGGAGCGGGUUGGGCUGCCGUGGGCGUGGCUUUUUGAUAUGUCUAUGCAAGUCGCGAGGGAAGUGAACGAGGAGUUGGAGAGGGAGAGGGAGAGGGAGGGAAAGAAGGAAUGA